CGCUUCCGUUAACCGGGUACAUCUGCGCCAUCAAUACUAUCUUUCCUCGUAUACAAACCCUGGCACUGUGCUCUUACCUCAGCUCACGUGGCAUAAUCCUCACAUAACAUCCCCUGUGCCUGCCGGGUCAUUACGAGCCUGCGUGUCUUCAGCCCAAUCCCAAUGGCGUCCCUCACUUUGGUUGUUCAGCCCCGGGGUAAACCCAUUAAGAAGCUCCCCAAGGAGGUUCAGGUGUCCUCCAAUGCCUCGACCGCCGAAAUCUACAAGAAGCUCGCGGAAGCCUCGGGCUUCUCCAUCCACCGUCUCAGGAUCACCAAGGGUAGCGAUCGCACUGUAGUCCCCAACUCCAAGGACUCGACCGUCGACGGAAUCGGUCUGAAGGAAAAGAGCGUCUUGCACAUCAAAGAUCUCGGCCCCCAACUUGGAUGGCGCACCGUCUACAUUAUCGAAUACCUCGGACCGCUCUUCAUCCCGGCUCUCUUCCUCUUCCCCCUCCGCCCAUAUGUCUACUUUAACUUCGACAAGCCACUUCCCGACCCAUCGCAGUUCCAGCUCCUGGUCUGCGCCCUCCUGACCAUCCACUUCAUCAAGCGCGAAUACGAAACCGCCUUCGUCCACCGUUUCAGCAAUGCCACCAUGCCCGCACGCAACAUCGUCAAGAACAGCGGCCACUACUGGGUCCUAGCCGGUUUGAACAUCGCCUACUGGGUCUUCCGUCCUGACUCCCCCGCCGCCACCAUCCAGGACUCUUUCCUCCUCUACAGCGGUCUGGCAUUGUUCAUUUUCGGCGAGCUUGCGAACCUAAACGCUCACCUUGUGCUACGCGACCUGCGCCGUCCCGGUACCACGGAAAGAGGCAUUCCCUCCGGAUUUGGAUUCAACGUCGUCACCUGCCCCAACUACUUCUUCGAGGUUGUCAGCUGGGUGGGCGUCUACCUGCUGAGCGGAAUGAGCUGGAGCGUUCUCUUCUUCAUUGUCGUUGGUACCGUGCAGAUGGCUCUCUGGGCUAAGAAGAAGGAACGCCGCUACCGCAAAGAGUUCGGUGACAAGUACAAGCGCAAGCGCUAUGUUAUCCUGCCCGGUCUGUACUAGACAAGAGCACGGUUACUUUGAAAAAAAGUAGUACGCGUGAUGUGCGAGGUUAUCGGCCUCGCAUGCGUUGUCUUGGCAUUGGCCAAGCUUACCCGGGACCUUGCAUGUACCUCGACUGCGUUCGGGGGUAAGGUGUGCGGAGAGAUGAAUGGUUCUCGACGAUCGAGAAGAUUACGGCAGAGUUUUGUUCUCUGCAUGAUAGUUUGUCCACCAAUGUGUAACCUAUUAUGAUAGAUUAUAGUCCGGUUGUUAGUUUUAUUACGAGAGUUAUGCGGAGGUUAUUAGUUAUUGACGUGGACGA